UUCCGGGCUGGCAGGCGGGCGGGCGGGCGGCGGUGUCGGCCGGGCCCCCUCUCCCGCGGCAAGCCCCACCUUUCGGCUUUCCCGCACCGUCAAUCAAAAUAGGAAAAAAAAACCGGAGUAGGCUCGGGCCGCCGCCGCCGCUUCAGCCCGCCGUGAGCACAAUAAGCAUGUCCCCGGCGGCAGCCGCCUAGCCCCAGCCAGCAGGGCCUGUGUGCGAGCCAGCCAGCCAGCCUGCCUGCCUGCCUGCCUCCCGCCCAGCCAGCCAGCCAGCCGGCCGCUCGCACUCACACCAUGACCGCUCCCGAGAAGCCCGUGAAACAAGAGGAAAUGGCUGCCUUAGACGUGGACAGCAGCAGCCACAGCGAGUAUCUCCAGCACGGCAACGGCGCCGCCUCGGCCUCCGCCGGGGCGGCCGCCCCCCAGGACGCGCAGCCGUCACCGCUCGCUCUGCUGGCGGCCACCUGCAGCAAGAUCGGCCCGCCGUCGCCGGAGGAGGAUGAGGCCGCCGCCGCCGCUGCCUCUCACUCUGCCGGAGCGACAGGGGAUUUGGCUUCUGUGCAAUUAGCCGGAACUCCAAACAGAUGGGAGGUCUUGUCUGCAGCUCCUACCACUAUAAAGGACGAAGCUGGUAAUAUAGUACAGAUUCCAGGUGCUGCCACAGUAACUUCAAGUGGGCAGUAUGUCCUUCCUAUUCAGAGUUUGCAAAAUCAACAAAUCUUUUCUGUUGCACCAGGAUCAGAUUCGUCGAAUGGUACAGUGUCUAACGUACAAUACCAAGUAAUACCCCAGAUCCAGACAGCGGAUGGUCAGCAAGUUCAACUUGGCUUUGCAGCCUCUUCUGAUAAUAGCAGUAUAAAUCAAGAAAGUGGUCAAAUUCAGAUCAUUCCUGGCUCUAAUCAAACCAUCAUUGCCUCUGGAACAUCUUCAGCUAAUAUUCAGAAUAUCUUAUCUAGUCAGUCUGGUCAAGUCCAGGUUCAGGGAGUUGCAAUUGGUGGUUCAUCCUACCCUGGCCAAGCACAGGUAGUUGCUAACGUCCCUCUUGGACUGCCAGGAAAUAUUACUUUUGUACCCAUCAAUAGUGUCGAUCUAGAUUCUCUGGGACUUGGCAGUGGUUCUCAAACCAUGACAGCAGGCAUUAAUGCAGAUGGGCACUUGAUAAAUACUGGACAAGCCAUGGAGAGUUCAGAUACUUCUGAAAGGACUGGUGAGCAAGUUUCUCCUGAAAUUACAGAAACCGCGACUGAUAAUGACUUAUUUGUGCCAACGUCAUCUUCAUCACAAUUGCCCGUUACCAUAGACAGUUCAAGUAUAUUGGAACAAAAUGCAAAUGACUUGACCACAACCAGUGCUCAAGUUCAUAGUUCUGAUCUUCAGGGAAAUUACAUCCAAACAUCAGUCUCUGAUGACACACAGGCUCAGAAUAUUCAGGUCUCCACAGCACAGCCAAUUGUACAACACAUACAGCUACAAGAAUCUCAACAGCCAACCAGUCAAGCCCAGAUUGUACAAGGUAUUGCGCAGCAGACAAUCCACGGUGUACAAGCGAGUCAAAGCAUUUCUCAGCAGGCUCUUCAAAAUCUUCAACUACAGCUGAAUCCUGGAACUUUUUUAAUUCAGGCACAAACAGUGACCCCUUCUGGGCAGAUAACCUGGCAGACGUUUCAAGUGCAAGGAGUUCAGAACUUGCAGAACUUGCAAAUUCAGAAUGCACCUGGUCAACAAAUAACUCUGACCCCUGUGCAGACUCUCACUCUUGGCCAAGUUGCAGCAGGUGGGGCGUUGACGUCAACUCCAGUUAGUCUAAGCACUGCUCAAUUGCCAAAUCUACAGACAGUUACAGUAAACUCUAUAGAUUCUGCUGGUAUUCAGCUGCAUCAAGGAGAAAAUGCUGGCAGUCCUGCAGAUAUUAGGAUUAAAGAAGAGGAUCCUGAUCCAGAAGAGUGGCAGCUCAGUGGUGAUUCUACACUGAAUACCAAUGAUCUAACACAUUUGAGAGUACAGGUUGUAGAUGAGGAAGGGGACCAACCACAUCAAGAGGGAAAAAGACUGCGACGAGUAGCAUGCACAUGUCCCAACUGCAAAGAAGGUGGUGGAAGAGGCUCCAACUUGGGAAAAAAGAAGCAACACAUUUGUCACAUACCAGGAUGUGGCAAAGUAUAUGGGAAAACUUCACAUUUGAGAGCUCAUCUCCGCUGGCAUUCUGGAGAGCGUCCAUUUGUUUGUAACUGGAUGUUCUGUGGCAAAAGGUUCACUCGCAGUGAUGAGCUUCAGCGGCACCGAAGAACGCACACAGGUGAGAAGAAAUUUGUCUGUCCAGAAUGUUCAAAACGCUUUAUGAGAAGUGACCACCUUGCCAAACACAUUAAAACACAUCAGAAUAAAAAAGGUAUUCACUCUAGCAGUACAGUGCUGGCAUCAGUAGAAGCAACACCUGAUGAUACUUUGAUUACUGCAGGAGGAACAACACUUAUCCUUGCAAAUAUUCAACAAGGUUCUGUUUCAGGAAUAGGAACUGUUAAUACAUCUGGCACCAGCAAUCAGGAUAUUCUUACCAACACUGAAAUACCUUUACAGCUUGUCACAGUUUCGGGAAACGAGACAAUGGAGUAAAUAUUACACAAGAUACCUAUUAAUUGUGGUUAUUUUUAUACAGUAGUGAGAAGAAUAUUGUUCCUAAGUUCUUAGAUAUCUUUUUAUUGAUGUGCAAAAAUUUUUGGAUUGACAGUAACUUGGUUAUACAUGACACUGAAAUGCCUUACUUUGUAUGAUAUUCCAUAGUAUAUUAAAAUGGUAAAAUUGCAUGGGUUUUGUAGGUACUUUUGGAAUCUAGAAGAGAUGAAAUUUUACCAAGUUAUAUUAAAAAAAAAAAAAAAGAAUUUAACGAUGGAAAUGGUAGUCUAACCAAAUGCAUCAAUCCUGUGUGGUUUAGUGUAAAAAAAAAUGAGAACACGUUGGUAUUUAUCUAUUGUAAGAUAAAAGAAGUUGAUGGGUGAAAAGAAAUCACAUUAUGAUAAAAGAAAUUUUGUAAUUUUCUUGAUGACUGGAAUUUUUAUUAUGCAUAACUGACAAAUCAAGUUUCCAAGCAAAUGUUACAUAGUGUAGGCUUUACUUAGCUCAUCAACUUGUCAUUUUGAAGCUAAUUAUUUUAAUUAGGUUAACUAUGUACAAUAUUUUAAGCAUUACUCUUGUAAGAUUUUGAAAACUACAUUUUAACAUGGAACUCUAGGGAUAGUCACCUUUUAAAUCCUAUUGAAAAGCCAUGUUUAAGAUUUAAUUUGCCAAAAUGAUGUCUUGUUAAUAUUCUUUCAAUAACCAAGGUGGGCAAUAUAACCAAUGUUUAAAAAGCUUAAAAUGUUAAGAAAAAUAAAUAUGUAUAGGUUGAGGCAUUUGGGUGGUAAGGCAAAUGUUAUAGUGAAGUAUAUCCCUUCUUUUGAACAUUGGAGGACCAAAAAUAAGGUGUAUUGCGUCUCAGCAGUGAUUUUUUUUCAAAUCUUUUUCCAAAAAAACAUGUGUCUCCCAGGGCCUUAAAAGCCAUCUUGUAAAUUACCAGUAAAAUAUAACAUAUGCAAAUACAACAGAAAAAUCACUUCCAUAUUGACAGUACUCCCAAACAUAUGGAUAUAGUCAUAGUGAACUAGGGGGUUUAUGAGGUUUUUAUUUGUUUGUUGUUUAGUUUUUGGUUAGUCAAUCUGCAUUUAAAUAUCAGCCAUCUUUCCUUUUUUUGCUUCUUCCCUUAAAAAUUGUAUGUAUCCAGUACAUUUAACUGAUAAACAUAUAUGUUUUUUAUUAUGCUGAAUUUUCUUUUUAUUUUUUAAUUACUGUUUAUAUUUUCAAUUAUAGAAAAUGUACAAAAUGAAGUUAUAUAGCCAGUCUGUAAGUGCUAUACCAUUUUCAAAAAAUGUACAACAAUAAUUACUGCAGUUCACCUAUUUACAAACAUUUGGAAAUCUAUUCAUUUGUUAUUCUUAAAACCACCUCAAAUUUAAAGGCUACCUUAUUGUACGUUUAAAGUGUAUUAUAACAGUGUGGUAGUUAAUAAAACACUAUUUUUUUUUCUUUUGA